AAAAACUUAGGGGAUAUUGUCUGGGGGCUGCUAGAAUCUUAUGAUAUCCAAGAAAAGUUGGUUGCUGUCAUGUCUGAUAAUGCUUCCAACAAUGACACAAUGAUGGAGACUAUCAAGACACACAUGACAGCUAAGGGGAUCUUGUUCUCUGCUGAGGAGGCACAUCUUAGGUGUAUGCCUCAUACUAUUCACUUAGCAGCACUAAAGCUACUCAAUGCAAUUGGUGCUUUGAAGAGUACUAAUUGUAGAACAAGCAACUAUCAGGAGUCUGUUUCUGCUCCUCUGGAUCCUGAUUACAAUAAUUUGGAAGCUAGCCGGAAUGAUAACGUUGACAAUACUCUCACAGAUAGCAGC